ACCCACACACUAACCUCAUUGUUUUGUACCUCAUCCUCCUUCUACCUCUUUUUUCUCUCUCUUUUUGCCCUAUUCUAUAGGGUUUCCAAAUGAUCUCUUGCUACCUGAUUUUCUGAUGCAAUCAGUUGUUCAAGCUCUUUUAAUUGUGUUUCUUUUGGUUGAUCUGUCAAUUUUUGCUCUCCAUAGAGGGUUUUUUGGUCCUGGACAGUGCAGAUUCUACUUCCCCAGUGUUUUUCAACCAUACUCAUGUCUAAAGUCUUCAAUUUUAGUGGUGAUGAUGCUUUUUACCAUGGUGGGGCUGUGUACCCAAGUCCCAUGGAAUCCAGUCUAUUUCUGUCCCGUAGGAAUCAUGUGGAUGUCUAUUUUCCUCCUUGCAAGAGGUCUCGUGUUGCGGUCCCUUUUGUUUUCACUGAAAAGAAGCAGAAGUUGUCUUCCAUUGAUGUCCUACCUGAUGAAUGCCUAUUUGAGGUAUUGAGGCGCCUUUCUGAUGGCAAAGAGAGGAGUGCCUCUGCUUGCGUUUCCAAGCGCUGGCUUAUGCUUUUAAGCAGCAUCCGCGGGGAUGAAACAGUCAUCUCAGAUCUCAGUCCAUCUUUGGAGACCGAGGAAAGAUCUACCCAAACCGCCCUUGUUAAGCCUGUGGACUGUGUUAAGAAGGGUGAGGUAUUGGACUCUAAUGGUGCAGAAGUUGCUGAUGCUGAAUCUCAAGAUAUUGAAGGAGAGGGUCAUCUUUCCAGGUGCCUUGAUGGAAAGAAAGCAACUGAUGUCCGACUUGCUGCUAUUGCUGUUGGAACUCCAAGCCAUGGAGGGUUAGGGAAGCUUUCUAUUCGGGGAAGCAACCCAAUCCGUGGUGUGACUGAUACUGGCCUUAAGGCUAUUGCUCGAGGUUGUCCUUCUCUUAGGGCUCUUUCUCUCUGGAAUGUAUCUUCUGUUAGUGAUGAAGGUUUAAUUGAGAUUGCUCAGGGAUGUCAUCUCUUAGAGAAGCUUGAUCUAUGCCAAUGCCCUGCAAUUACUGAUCUGUCUUUGGUGGCUAUCGCAAAGAAUUGUCCUAAUUUGACCUCUCUAACGAUAGAAUCUUGUUCAAAGAUUGGAAAUGAAACUCUUCAAGCUGUAGGUCGUUUUUGCCCGAAGUUGAAGUUUGUGUCUCUCAAAAACUGCCCACUCAUUGGAGAUCAAGGAAUUGCAAGUCUCUUAUCAUCUGCUGGUCAUGUUUUGACAAAGGUGAAACUUUACGCAUUGAACAUCAGUGACAUCUCCCUUGCUGUUAUUGGACAUUAUGGCAUUGCCGUGACUGACAUAGUCCUUAUUGGUCUUCAAAACAUAAAUGAAAGAGGAUUUUGGGUCAUGGGUAAUGGCCAAGGUUUGCAGAAGCUGAGGUCGCUUGCUAUAACUGCUUGCCAUGGAGUUACUGAUUUGGGACUUGAAGCUCUUGGUAAAGGUUGUCCAAACUUGAAGCUGUUCUGCCUGCGAAAAUGUACAAUCCUGUCAGAUAAUGGCUUGGUUGCUUUUGCCAAAGGUUCAGUUGCACUAGAGAACCUCCAAUUAGAAGAAUGCCACAGGAUCACCCAGGCUGGGUUUGUUGGUGUUCUUUUGAGCUGUGGUAAGAAGUUAAAGGUUCUGUCCAUGGUGAAUUGCUUUGGUGUUAAAGAGUUAGCCUGUCGAUUUCCAUCUGUGCUACCUUGCAACUCACUGCAGUCUUUGUCUAUUCGCAACUGCCCUGGAGUUGGUAAUGCUACGCUGGCCAUAGUGGGUAGGGUGUGCCCCAAACUGACUCAUUUGGAGUUGAGUGGCCUUCUUGAAGUAACUGAUGAGGGUCUUUUCCCUCUUGUUCAGAGCUGUGAAGCUGGUUUGGUCAAGGUGAAUCUAAGCGGAUGUGUUAAUGUUACAGACAGAUCAGUUUCAUUCAUAACUGAGUUGCAUGGGGGAAGUCUCGAGUCUCUUAAUGUUGAUGAGUGUCGAUAUGUUACUGAUGCGACCUUGUUAGUAAUUUCCAACAACUGUUGGUUGCUCAAGGAACUUGAUAUUUCAAAGUGUGGAAUAACUGAUUCAGGUAUUGCCUCUUUGGCCAGUACAGUGCGACUUAAUUUGCAGAUCCUCUCAUUGUCGGGUUGCUCUAUGCUUUCGGACAAAAGUGUACCCUUUCUGCAGAAGUUGGGGCAGACACUUAUGGGCUUAAACAUCCAGCACUGCAAUGGGGUCAGUAGCAGCUGUGUUGAUCUUCUCUUGGAACAACUCUGGAGGUGUGAUAUCCUUUCUUAAGUGCACAGGGUUUAAGGAUGAAUGCAACUUACAAGUUGAGCUCCUUUGAAGAUGGAGCUUAGUAAGGAGGUUUAACUAGUCUUUCUUUGUUAGUGUUAGCAUAAAGUUUUUUGGUCCAUGAUCUUGGGUCUUCUAAUAGUCCAGUAUCUCGGCUCCUUUUUCCAGGGAUGUGGUUGGUUCUCUUUUUUUUGCAGCUUCUUCACUAAAGCUGUUUAUGGGAAAUUUUUUUCCUGUUUUUCCAACCAUACUUCCCUGAGAUACAAAUGCUGAGUUUUUGGAUUAAGAGAUUCAUGUCUGGUCCUAGUCCUAGUCCUUGUUGUCACUAGUUUUUAGCUUCUACCCUUGCAUUGAUUACCAAAUCUUGCAGCGGUAGAAGCUUUUCAAUAUUGUCUUGGUGUUUUAUGUGUGUGAACUUGUAGUUUUACCGAGUCUUUCACGUUGUUGAACCUUUCAACUCGUGAUGGUUGGGUUAUAUGUUUGUGUGUUGUUCUUGUGGUUGCUUUUGGGCAGUUGUAGGUAUAGAUGCCUCUCUUUCAUGGGCUUUGGCCAUGGCAGCAAGUUCCAUUUCUGCCAUGACAAACCCUCUGGGGUUGUUUUUUCUUUUUACCAAGCCUUAGUUUUGCAGGCCUCUCUUGUUCUUUAACUCCCAAAUGUAACCUCGUUUUGUACUUGUGGAAAUGUUAGUUU